AAAUGUAUUGAACCAUUAAUAACAACUUUCAUUCUCAUUUCUGAAUCAGUUUUAUUAGACAAUUGACACAAAAUGGGUUGCAAGUGUUCUAAACAAUCAGCAGAUAUAACCUCAGAAGCAGAUGGGAGAUUUGGAGGGGAAGAUGACGAGGAAUAUAUAGAAAAGGCGGUAUGCGAAGAAUCAGAGCUGAAAGACAAUGAAAUGAAAAUUUUCGAAUUGGAGGACGAUGAAAGCGUGCUAGUCGUAAAACAGGGGGGCCAAAUUACGGCCCUGGGGACACGAUGCACCCAUUACGGCGCCCCUUUAGACAAAGCAGCCCUUGGAGAGGGCCGCAUUCGGUGCCAAUGGCACGGGGCUUGUUUCAAUGUACUAAACGGUGACAUAGAAGAUUAUCCAGGUGUCGACUCGCUUCCGUGUUACCAGGUCAAGGUUGAGAAGAACCAGGUCAAGGUUAGAGCGAAAAGGAGCCUACUAGAAUUAAACAGGCGCACCAAAAUCCACCCCAAAAUUGAUGCUUAUGAAAACACCACCGUAGUCCUAGUGGGCGCGGGACCGUCAAGCGCGACUUGCGCAGAAACAUUACGAGAAGAGGGAUUCAAAGGGAAAAUAAUAAUGAUAGGGGAAGAGCCCUAUCUGCCGUACGAUCGUGUUAAAGUAUCGAAAGCAAUGACUUCUCACAUCGACGACAUUCAACUCAGAAACGAAGAAUUUUAUAAGAACAUUGGGGUCGAAGUUAUAAAGAAAACGAAAGUCGUUUGCGUCAACCCAUCGGAAAAAUUCGUAACGACCAGUACAGGGCAAGUAAUUAAUUACGAUAAAUUGUACAUUGCAACGGGGGUCACCUGCAGGCGGCUGCAAAUACCCGGAGGCGACCUUAAUAACAUAUUUGUAUUGAAAGACUACGACGACGCGCAGGGGCUCUUAAAACAACUAGCCCCCGACAAACAUGUCGUUUGCAUAGGGGCCAGUUUUAUUGGAAUGGAAGGAGCCAACUCUGUCAAGAAGAAGGUGGCCAAAGUUACCGUUGUUAGCCAUAGAAAGGUACCUUUCGAGAGGUCAUUUGGAUUAAGGAUAGGCGAGGCAUUUUUAAAUCUGUAUAAAGAAAAGGGCGUAGAUUUUGCAAUGGAGCGCAAACACGUUAAAAUAACGGGGGACGAAAAUGGUAACGUAACAGGUGUCGAACUGGACGAUGGUACCGUUUUAAAAGCCGACAUAAUAAUUCUGGGCAUAGGCAGUUACCCAACAACUGGAUUUUUAAAAGACUCCGGUAUACAGUUGCAUACUGACCACGCCAUAGACGUUAACGAGUACCUCGAAACCAACAUACCAGACAUAUAUGCUGGUGGAGACGUAGCACAUGCCCCCGUGUGGUCGCGAGACAAUUACAAAGCCACGAUAGGUCAUUAUGGCCUUGCCCAGAUGCACGCAAAAAUAGCCGCAUUGAAUAUGAUAGGAAAAAAGACCCCCUUGAGGGCCGUUCCCUUUUUCUGGACAGUUUUAUACGGUAAAAGUGUCCAAUAUGCAGGCCACGGCGAAACUCAGGACAUUAUCUAUGCGGGAAAUGUCGAACAAUUUAAUUUUAUUGCUUAUUAUCUAAUAAAUGAUGAAGUUGUCGGGGUGGCUGGGUGCCAAAUGUACCCCACGGUUGCGCAGUUUGCAGAAUUACUAGCGCAAGGGCGCAAAUUGUACAGAAAAGACAUUGAAAGUGAUCCUUUGGAAUGGACCAAGACAGUAGCAAGAGCUAAAGACACAAAACGUGAUAGCAACAAUGCCACAAACGGCUUUGGUGCCAUAAAUAACAAUUCGACAGUUGAAAAUACAAAUACUAACAAUAAUAACAACACACAUUAAGAAAACGAUUACAAAUUAAAUUAAUAUUAUAGCAAAGCCAAGGUUUUAAAUAAAAAUGUUUAAUAAUCUUUCGUUUGUACAGUAAUAAAUUCCUAAAACUAA